GAGUGAAGGGGGAGUACGGACAGUCCGAAAGAACUGCGGAUCGUGCCGAGAGGGAAAGCUGAUUUAAAGGACGGGUGGGACCGAAGUGGCUCAAGUUGAAACUGAGAAGAGAAGUAGAUGCCAAAAAUCUCAGAGGAUUUUGAGACCUUCUAGGACACCUUAUUUCAUAUGGCUCUUUCCAGAUCGUCCGUUCUAGAUAACUUCAACGGUUUGGAGGAAUCCUGAGUCCUCAUUCUGUCCUUGUGCCAAGAGGUUCACCUCCUAGGCCUGGCCCAACCUACUGACUGAAGAGAUCGGCCCGUGGGGGCGAGGAGCCGCCAUGUCUUAAAGCCUGUGCUGUCUGUCUGGGAGCCCUGCCCCCCCCCCUUUCCCCCACCCCCAGCUCCCUCACUCACCCCCUCCUCCUCCUGCUGCCCUCCCCUAUCCAUGUAACCCACGUGGGCGCCUCUCCUCCAGCCCUCCCUGGAGCCAUGAGCCUGAAGAAGCACCAGCCCAUGGGCUCGGACCGUGACCUUCAGUCUGCCGCCUCCUCGGUCAGCCUGCCCUCCGUCAAGAAGGGCCCCAGGAAGCGGAGGAUCUCGCUGGCCUCCCUGUUCCGCCGCCGGCGUGAGCCCAAGCGCAAGUCCCGGGACCUCCACGGCGGCGUGGACGGCAUCGCCAGCAUUGAGAGCAUCCACUCCGAGAUGUGCAACGACAAGAACUCUGCCUUCUCCGUGGCCGGAGCCGCCUCCACCUCCUCGGGCGCCUCCUCGGCCUCGGGCUCCUCCUCGGCCUCCUCGUCCUCCCACUCGGGCUCCUCCAAGGGAGGGGCCGAGCUCCUGGAGUGCCCCCUGUGCCUUCUGCGCCACUCGAGGGAGCGCUUCCCCGACAUCAUGACCUGCCACCACCGCUCGUGCGCCGACUGCCUGCGCCAGUACCUGCGCAUCGAGAUCUCGGAGAGCCGUGUGAACAUCAGCUGCCCCGAGUGCGCCGAGCGCUUCAACCCGCACGACAUCCGCAUGAUCCUGGCCGACCGCGCCCUCAUGGAGAAGUACGAGGAGUUCAUGCUGCGCCGCUGGCUGGUGGCCGACCCGGACUGCCGCUGGUGCCCCGCCCCGGACUGCGGGUAUGCAGUCAUUGCCUUCGGCUGUGCCAGCUGCCCUAAGAUCACCUGCGGGCGGGACGGCUGUGGCACGGAGUUCUGCUACCACUGCAAGCAGCUCUGGCACCCCAACCAGACCUGCGACGCUGCCCGGCAACAGAGGGCCCAAAGCCUGAGACUCCGGACCAUCCGCUCCUCCUCUCUCAGCUACAGCCAGGAGAGCGGAGCGACAGCUGAUGACAUCAAACCCUGUCCUCGCUGCGCUGCCUACAUAAUCAAGAUGAACGACGGGAGCUGUAAUCACAUGACCUGCGCCGUGUGCGGCUGUGAGUUCUGCUGGCUGUGCAUGAAGGAGAUCUCUGACCUGCACUACCUGAGUCCAUCUGGCUGCACCUUCUGGGGGAAGAAGCCCUGGAGCCGUAAGAAGAAGAUCCUGUGGCAGUUGGGCACGCUGGUGGGCGCCCCGGUGGGCAUCGCGCUGAUCGCUGGCAUCGCCAUCCCCGCCAUGAUCAUCGGCAUCCCGGUGUACGUGGGGAGGAAGAUUCACAACCGCUAUGAAGGAAAGGACAUCUCCAAGCACAAGAGGAACCUGGUCAUAGCCGGUGGUGUGACUCUGUCUGUGAUCGUGUCUCCGGUCGUGGCUGCUGUGACUGUCGGUAUCGGGGUGCCCAUCAUGCUGGCGUACGUGUACGGCGUGGUGCCCAUCUCCCUGUGCCGCAGCGGGGGCUGCGGCGUGUCGGCCGGCAACGGCAAAGGUGUGCGCAUCGAGUUCGAUGAGGAGAACGAGAUGAACGCCGCCAACGGGGCGGCCGCUACCGACAGCACCUCCGUGGCGGAGACGCGGAACAACCCGAGCAUCGGCGAGGGCAGCGUGGGCGGGCUGACGGGCAGCCUGAGCGCCAGCGGGAGCCACAUGGAGCGCAUCGGCGCCAUGAGAGACAACCUGAGCGAGACCGCCAGCACCACCGCACUCGCUGGGGCCAGCAUCACCGGCAGCCUGUCCGGCAGCGCCAUGGUCAACUGCUACAACAGGCUGGAGGUGCAGGCGGACGUUCAGAAGGAGCGCUGCAGCCUGAGCGGGGAGUCGGGCACCGUCAGCCUGGGGACAAUCAGCGACAACGCCAGCACCAAAGCCAUGGCCGGAUCCAUCCUGGGCUCAUACAUGCCUCUGGACAGAGACGGGAGCAGUGUGGAGGUGCAGGUGGACGUUGAGAAGCAGCGGCACUGCAGCGGCGGCAGUGCAGAUGAUGGCAGCAGCGGUGGGCGCGGCGUGGGCGGAGCCUGCCCCUCCGGGUGCCCCAAGUGGCCCAAGGACCCCGCCCCCCCGUCCUGUUCCUCAUCCUCCUCUUCCUCCUCCUCGGGGAAGAAGGGCAAGGGCAAACUGCGCAGGUCGGGCGGGACCAGAAUCAACGAGACGCGCGAGGACAUGGACGCCCAGCUGCUGGAGCGGCGCAGCACCAACUCCGCCGAGUUCGACUCGCCCUCGUUGAGCGACAGCGUGCCCUCGGUGGCCGACUCGGAGCUCAGCGGCUCCGACCAGGAGGGCCCCGGGGCCCCCUGCGGCCCCGAACGCCGCCCCGUCCCCCAGCCCCCUGCCCCCGUCAGCCCCAUGCCCGAGGUGGAGAACGACCGUCUGGAGAGCCUGCCCCAGCCCCGGCCCCCGCUCUCCCCCGGCCCCGCUCCCUGCCCCGAGGCCUUCCCCCUCCGCUACAUCGCCGAGGAGAGCCCGGCACGGCCCGGGGAGCCCCUAAAGGAAGCCAAUAACAACCACCCAGAGCCGGCCAGCGCUGUGAAGAACGCCUGCAUUCAGACUGAGAUCUGACGCCUUAAGUGCUGCACACGGAAAUCACGCUCGCUGCUGACCCAUCUUACCUUCGCCAGGAUCUGCGAGGAGGCGUUCCCUUGUGAAGGGAGCCGGUGUUUGUUUUACCAGUUCUCAUCCCCCACCCACCCACCCGCCCAAAGCCAGCCUUAAAGAAUACAUUCUGUUUGUUUCGUUGAGUUUUGUCGACAAGGAAUCCGAUGUAAGUGUUGUAUACGAUGUGUUGAAAGAUCCGUUGGCUGAAAUGAAUGAUUGUCUUGGGAGUGGGAGGAGCUUGAUUCUAACCGGCGGGGAUAAAUAAUGACCCGCCCCGUGCUACUUGAUUGUUUUGAGUCCUCAGACCGUGUUACCCACCUUGUUACCAUGGGGCCGUGGAGGGUCGGAGUCGCUCCGCCACACGCCCGGGUGCUUUAUGCCAUCUGGUGUUGAGUGCGGGAGAGGGGAGUAUUGUUCCACAUUUUCCCCCUGCCUUGGUCAAGCUCCUCGCUGCCGUCGUGUGGGAGGAGUCCUCAAGCCCCCUGAGCUGUGCAGGUCACACUGUAAUAGGGACCAGGUGGUGCCGUUUCUUUUCCCUUUACGAUUCCGAAAACGACAAGGCUAAUUUUCUCAAUUUGAUUCUUAUUUAUUGUUUUUUUUUUGGGGGAAAAGAUGGUUAACAGAAGCCAGCCUUAUAUUGAGUUGGGUAGAGCUAGUGUCGGGAGUCGUACAGAGUGGGUAGUGUUGGUGUUGGGAGUUGGGCUGAAGGGGGUACAGAGUAGGGAUGGGGGAUCUAGCUACAUCGUAAAUAGUUUAUUUUAUUUUAUUUUCGCGUAUUAAGAUCUCUGGCAGGUGGCUGUUGGUUUCGUUCUUUUUUUUUCGUCUUUAAUCAUACUUGAUAUGCUUACACAUCUCCAAACUUCAGUGAAAUACUUCCAGGGGAGAAAUCACUUGAAUCUUUUCAAUGUUGGUUAACUUGCCUAUUAGUUUUGAAAAACACAUUGCUCACAUUUUCGCUCUUCAUCCUUGUAGUCAUGCUUUUAAGUACCACAGGGAAACCGCAUGGCCCUGUUGCCAUCAUAUCAACGUUGAAAAGAUACGAGUGAUGUUUUUUUUUUCUGGAAGCAUUUCAAUUUGACUGACAAAGAAAUCGAACGCCGCAUGUCCGAGAUGGUCGUUACUGCGCUUCCAAAAGAGUUGUUACACCGUGAUGCCUGUAUCACCCAGCCCUAGUACGGCGUGGUUAAAGUUAGUGUUGGGAGUCGUGCAAAAGGUGGUAUGGAGUGGGUAAAAUUUGGUUUUGGCUGUUGUGUAGACGGAGGUUCACUCAGGACCUGCGCUGAUGCUGCUCCAGCCCUGUGAGGGAAACCGGUUUGCCCUGCUCGUGUUCUGACCCGUCAGGAGCGCACGGAACGGGAGGACGCAGGUUAAACAACUAGAGCUAGAAAGGCCCCUGUGAGUUCGGCUUUUUGUAGAACGGAAAGGGCAUGGCUCCCUCACAAAAUCUGAUGCUCAACGUCCAGCUCCAAGGUUUCCCCACGGCAGAUGCGUUCACCUCAUAAGAUCGAUUCCCCACCUCCCCCACAUCUUCGUUGAUUCAUGGUGCCUUCGAAAAUUCUGCUGUUCUUUUUGUAUGUUUCUCCAUUCUGUGUCUUCAGAACUUUAAAAACUUCAAAUGAACCUCCAGCCGAAUGUCUGUCUGAAUGCCGUCAGGAGAGAUGCUAAUAGAUAUUUCACUUACUGUGGUAGACAUAAUGAAUAUGUGACUCUUGAAUUGCCUACCAAAGACAGCCCUCCGGCUUAUUCCUGUAACCCUUGAUGACGUCAGCUGGCCGAUGUGUGCUCCCAUGGGGCCGCGGUCAACAAAUGGUAGAAUGGGGGAAGGAAAAAAACAAUAACAAGAUUCAGGAAUACGGACUUCCUACGCAAACUUCUGAAGCCAGAGAAAGGCUUAAGGCACCUGCACUGUUAAUCCUAGUUCCCCACAAAUGUAUUGCAAUGCACAAAGUGUGAGGGGACACAGACGAUUGGAUGAUUUUUUUUAUUUUUGGUUCCUGUUUCCAUUCAGGUGCUGCUGAAUGAUGGCUCCAGACUGAAAAAAGUAAAAAAUGCCAUAAGCUGCAGUUUUUUCCCAUUUUAGACUUCUUCCCCCCCCCCCCCCCCCCCCCCCAACCUUGAUUUUACUUCUGUUUUGUCACCCCCCCUCCCCCCUCCCUCAUUUCUUUACUAUACUCCAAACACUAGUGCCAGGUAUAAUUUCGAAUUUGUGCAAAACGGCUUAAGGUAUUUGUAUA